CGGAUUAGGACUGAACCCGGGAGGGCCCUCUUCGGUUCUUAAAGGGACAGCGCGGCGUUUGGGGGGAGAGGCUGCUGUGACUGCAAAAUGAGUGAAUCCCUCGUGGUUUGUGAUGUUGCAGAAGACCUUGUGGAGAAGCUGAGAAAAUUCCGUUUCCGCAAAGAAACGAACAAUGCUGCCAUUAUCAUGAAAAUCGACAAGGACAAGCAGUUGGUGGUUCUGGAUGAAGAACAUGAGGGCAUUUCUCCAGACGAUCUAAAGGAUGAGCUUCCGGAGAGACAACCACGAUUCAUUGUCUAUAGCUACAAAUACCAUCACGACGAUGGGCGCGUCUCUUACCCGCUCUGCUUCAUCUUCUCCAGCCCAGUCGGGUGUAAGCCUGAGCAACAGAUGAUGUAUGCCGGCAGCAAAAAUAAGCUAGUACAGACAGCAGAACUCACAAAGGUCUUUGAAAUCAGGAAUACAGAAGACCUCACUGAGGAAUGGCUUCGGGAGAAACUUGGCUACUUCCAUUGAAAGAAGUAUAUUAAGCAUUCCGGCCUGGUGCGAACUGGAACCAGACGCAGCUGCUCCUUUUUAGACCUACAGAAAAUGUACUGUACUUAACAGUUGUUUCCUGCAGUGUGUGUGUGUGUAUGUAUGUACGUACAUAUAUAUAUAUAUAAUUAUAUAUGUAUGUAUUGUGCGUGCAAAGUUUAUACCAGUGAGGGGGAAGCAGCGUCUCCUGCAUAACCAAACUUUGCCCAGGUUUUUGCCCCCCCUUUCCUUUCUUUGUAACUGUUUAAAAGGGAACAAUUAUCUUCUGCAGGGACAAUUUUAUUUGUUUUUGCACUUGUGUGACUAAUGUUUCUAUAUGGCUUGAACCAGAACUUGUAACUGUUUACAGUUGGGGUGGGGGGCACUGUCUCUGAAAGAACACCCCCUGCAGAAGCCCCCUUGAGGUGAAUGGACCCUCAGUACCACCCCAGCAUGUUCAUAGUCUGGGAACUUAUAGUAACCUUUUUUUUCCUGAGCUACAGAUGCAUCCUCUUCUGACAGAGACUGGACACGAACGUCUUGUAUGUGAAAACAGCACUGCAUUCAGUGACUUUAGCCUAGGCAUAAAGGGUUCAGAACUGGUCCCAAAUGCAGUCUUUCUGGAGUAUUAAUACCGGUACUCAUUCUAUGACCUCCUAACUUCUCCAGGUUUCGGGAUUGACCACUUGCUUUUCUCUCACAAUUCCAAUGAUGAUCUCAGUUGAUCUUGAAUCAACAUAAUUCCGUUUCGGGUCAAAAGUGCGACCCACCUAUUUUUAUGCGUGUAGAAGAUAGCAUUUUUACUCGUCGAAUGGAAAGUAGAUUUUAAAACAAAGAAACUUCUAAGGGCUCAGUACCACUCUCUGGUGAACAUCCAUUCCAGAAGUCUUUAUACGCUGGUUUAUUAACUGCUCUCUAACUUCUCUUUUGUCUUUUUUUUAUACAAGACUUCUCAGUUUGUGUGCCUUCUCUAAGGAAAAACGUCUAUCGUUCAAUUGAUUGUAAGAGGAUUUUACACUGCCAUUUUUUUUUAGGAACACUAAACUUGAUACAGGCUAACUUUGUUUAAAGGAAGAGGUCUAAGCCCAAUUGCUCUCUUCUUUCCCUCAUUAACUUCACCUGCAGUAGCGCAGACUAUGGUUUAUAUUGCCAUGAGUUAUGGCAGGAAGCAAAGCCUCCUUCUCCUACAUAUUGUCUCCAUUUCUUCUCUCCUUGGAGUUAAUGUUUGCCAGUGUCCUACACACCUUUGUGUUACACUUUGUCUUACAGGCAGAGCUGUGUGUAUGAUGUGAUUCCCAGGACUCCAGACACCCCCCACCCCAGGAAUUCAGCUUGCAGAACUCAGCUUCCUGGCUAUCUUGGCUUUCUCCUUCUCCUUUAAAGCUUGCCCUUUAUGGCUGCAGAAAUAUGUGGGCAACGGCCGCUGAGAUGUCAGAAGCCAGAGGAAUUGCCAGCAGCCAGGGGAGGUGGGAGAGAGGCGAGGUGUUGGUGCUCCAUGCGGGCCGUUGCCCCUGUGUUAGUGGGUCUUGAGGAAAGCGAACAUCAAAACCCCAUUGAUCCAUUCUCUCCAUCAGAAGGGCAACUGCCAGUGAGUGUUAAGAUGGCUUUUAUUGAUGAGGACUGUCCUAGUUACAUUCACUGGCAGUCCCCGUAAAACUAGAGCACAGAAGGGAUUUGCUCUCCACAAACCAUAACAGAACAAUCUCGUGACAUUCAAGGGAUGGCUCUUCUCCCUGGAAAAGCGUCGUCCUCAUCCCGAGGACUAGCUGAAGGAGGCAAGAAGCCCAGCGCUGCCCCUCACCUUCUCAAACAAUUCCCCUUGUCGCUUUGCUUCUAUUACGCAACCCUGCUCAUGUUUCCACCUGUCCCAACGCCCAGCAGUUGAGCCACGAGGUCGCUCCGUCUGCCCUGCCACGCUGGGGUUAAAGUCAGGAUGUUGGAAGGCCUCUCUUUCCCCCCAAGGGACCACGUUGCCAGCAAGAGUCAUCCUGAACCGACUGUGCAUUAACUCUUCACCCCGUUCAGGCGUAGACCUUUUCCUUGCCUUUCCCAAAUUCCUUUUUCGUUCCCCUCUCUUGUCUUUCUUUCUGUCUGUUGUGGCUCGUCUCUGCUGCCAUCCUGGCUAGUGAACAAACUCCCCCGCCUCCUUGCUCUCCUGUCUUCCUUUUAUCCUCCUCCUCCCCCUCUUCCUGCCACUGCUGCCCCACUGCAGGUGAUGCCCACUUUGGCUGAUGGGCUGUAGGCGCCCGACGGCUGGCAACACCCUCUGAACCGUCCCCAUCCGCGGCCGCGCUGUCCUUGCCCUUUGUGCUGGCAUGGCAGCCUCGGCACCUGCAGGGAAUACGAGGGUUGCCAGGACUGACUCGUCCGGCGCGUGGCAAAGGGUGGCGAGCCCCGCUGCUUCCUCACGCCAUUAGACAUCAGAAUAAAUGACACGGGUCACAGCAUCCUGCUCUUCUUGGUGCACAACUUGAAUUCCCGGGUGCAAAACAUGACACUCCCUUGAAGGUAGAGUACGCACAGCCCUGCUUCUAGAAGGAACUGGCAACUUAGGACUCGGAUCUGUCCUGUCCAGGCCUUUCCCCCGACCCGUGGGCUGCCGCUGCUGUGGGACAGCCAGCCAAGGCCCGGGCCUGGCCUUUCCAAGAUGGCCGACUUCUGCGUCCUACCGGAAGUGUGUGUUGACCCCCCGACCCCCCUCCUUCACCUCCCCAAGUUGAUGAAGUUCUGCACUGGAAUUGGGGUUAUUCAGCAGGAAGGGCUUUGAAUUAUGUUGUCAUGGCUUCAUGCCCAGCUGGGGCAAUUUCUAAAAUGCGAGAUCUCCGUCUGCCUCUAAAACUAAGAUGGCUCUUAUCUUAAGACAGCGGUUCUCAACCUGUGGGUCAGGACCCCUUUGGGGGUCGAACGACCCUUUCACAGGGGUCGCCCAAGACCAUCGGAAAACACAUAUUUCCGAUGGUCUUAGGAAACUGUAUUGACUGAACUAUGUCAUGUACCAUCUUUUGUAUUAUUAAAGCUAUUGUUAUGUAUUAUUUUCAUUAGCAAACCAUCCCAUGACAUGAAUCGUGUAGAGAAGAACGAAAAUAAUUUUAUGGUUGGGGGUCACCACAACAUGAGGAACUGUAUUUUGUGAACCGCCCAGAGAGCUUCGGCUAUUGGGCGGUAUAAAAAUGUAAUAAAUAAAUAAAUAAUAAAUAAAUAUUAAAGGUCGCGGCAUUAGGAAGGUUGAGAGCCACUGCCUUAAGAGGAAGACUGCAGGAUGACAUUUUAACCCGAUGCGUCUUUAAAAGCCCGUUCGCACCACCCAGAGCCAGAUAAAAAUUCUUUGGCGGGCCAGGACUAGGUUACGGGUUGCCAGGUUAGCCAUCUAGAACAGGGGAGGGGUGCAGUCUAGUGGAAGGGGUUUGGUAGCUGGGUUCAACCUCCCAGCUAUCCCAACCUAGGACCCUCCAGAUGUGUUGGAUUGAAAUUCUCAUUAUGGGUGUUGCAGAGAUGUGCUGGACUGCAAAUCCCAUCACCCCCAGCUUGGCUCAGGAUGAUGGGGAUUGCAGUCAAGCACAUGUGGAGGGCUCCAGGUCAGAGAAGGCUGAUCUGAUUGAAUAGAUGGCUUACUUGGUGUAUGAAGGAAAGUGCAGGGAAGGCAGGUACCCACUGCCUGCUCCUGGCAUGGAGGAGGAGGAAGAGGCCUUUCUUUGGACCUACUUAAGCAGUCCAUUCCUGCCCAGCCUGGCAAAGUGAUUACCCAGCCGCCGAUUUGGGUUUUGCCUUCCUUUGUGCUGCUUGAUCCAGCAAGCUGUUGAGCUUAUGCACCAGGUGGUACAGUUGGGCUUUUAGUGUUGAAAGGGGCAAUUGAGGUUGAUGAUAAAAGGAAGCCUGAUCCCACCCGCCCCCAUUUUAAAAAAAAUUAAAAUGUUUAGGAGGAACCUUAUUGAGCUUUUUAUAAGUGGCAUUGUUCUAAGCCAGCCUUCCUCAACCUGGGGCGCUCCAGAUGUGUUGGACUGCAUCUCCCAGAAUGCCCCAGCCAGCAGAGCUGGCUGGGGCAUUCUGGGAGUUGUAGUCCAACACAUCUGGAGCGCCCCAGGUUGAGGAAGGCUGUUCUAAGCUGUUGUGUUGGCCGUUUUCCUUUUCUCUCUGUUUUUAAACUAAUGACAAUCUUCCAAUUUUAUUAAUCAGAAAAUCCAUUCGGGCCUUGGACUUUUUAUUUUUUGUGUAACUAUAAUGCUAAAGCAGCCACACACACCCCAAAAAAAAUUGGGGUAGGGGAACAAGUCCAUUAAGAAAACAAUGCUUUUUAUAACUAAAUCAAUCAAUGAACCUUUUUAAUGAGGGGGGUGGGUUCCUUUUUAAUACAAGAGUAGUUUAGGAUAUCUUUUUGCUAAGAGAUUAACCCGAGCUUGCAAAAAGUACACUUUCAUAGUAUCUCAGUUAAUAACCUAGAAGGAUUUAUUGAAGGACCAUUGAAGGGGGAAAUGCUCUCAGCUCCUUGAAGGAAGAGCAUGGUAUAAAUACAAAGAAUAAUAAAAAGCCAUUUCUAUAAAACAUGUGGCAGGGAAGUUCUGUUCUACUGGGAGUUGGUUCUCAGACUGAAAAGUGGACUAUAAAUACUUCAAAAUAAAAUCUUGUAUGCUUUGAGGGAGUAAGAUGCUGAAAUUCUUUGUCUUUCAUGCCUUUAAAGAGAAGAUUGAGGGGAGACAUGAUAGCACUCUUCAAAUACUUGAAAGGUUGUCACACAGAGCAAGGCCAGGAUUUC